AAUUAAUUAGCUAAUUCUCUACAUAAGAAAUAUGAGAAGACAUGAUAUCAUCAUCAAGCUUCUCCUUCUCAUGUGUCUUCUUCUCAGCAGAUUCGUGACUCGGGAAUGUCAAGAAGUCCAUUUCAAGAUUGGACCUGCAAAGAUCAUCGCAAAACCGAACAACGCAAGAGUGAUGCCAACAUGGGUAAGGAGAUCCAAUUUUGCAUAAACAUAAUAACAAAGAGAGCAUUACUAGCUAUAAGAUAUUUUUUCUGGAAUUAGGGCGAAGAAAAAAAGUGGCAUAAGCACCCCUCGGGACCUAACCCAACAGGAAAUCGUCACCCACCGGUCAAACACUGAGUCGAUAACAGCGUAACUGCUGCAACCAAAAGAAUCUUACAAGACAAUGCAUGAUAUAUCUUUUAAAUGAUGUAAUAAUAAGGAGUGAAGCAGUCUAUGAGAUGGAGAGUACUUAAAAGUUACAGAUCCAAUGUUUGUUUAACAUAUGUACUCUGAUAAACUAUGUCAUUCGAUGAAAUAAUUACAAUGUAAGAGUUGUUAUCAAAACAGAGCAAAACAUCUGAAAAAUAACUAGUUGACUUGUUUAUUC